CGCGCGGCCGCUCUAGCCCCGUCCGGGGAAGUCACUGUCCUUACCUUCAGCAGGAACCCGCGCCUCGGUUCCUGCGCCCGCUUGCCCUCCGCUCCGUCCCACGGCCACCCAUUGCCCUCUUGCCGCCCACCAUGGCCCUGCUGCACUCCGGCCGCGUCCUCUCCGGGAUCGCCAACACCUUUCACCCAGGCCUCGCUGCCGCAGCCUCUGCCCGAGCCAGCUCCUGGUGGGCCCAUGUGGAGAUGGGACCCCCAGAUCCCAUCCUGGGAGUCACUGAAGCCUUUAAGAGAGACACCAAUAGCAAAAAGAUGAAUCUGGGAGUUGGUGCCUAUCGAGAUGAUAACGGAAAGCCUUAUGUGCUCCCUAGUGUCCGCAAGGCUGGCGGGAAAACGGCGGGAACACGGCGUACCUGGUCUUCCCGCAGAGGGGGCAGCCACUGGGAAGCCUGUGAGGGCCGCUGCCCCAAGUACCAGGCCUCCCGUGCCAAGGGCCUCCGGAGGCAUCCACCUGUCCCCACUGGGAAUGGCCACGUAUCCCCUGCUCGGGCACGGUGUGCUCGACCACCUCUGCUUGGGCUUCCCGGCGGCCGCUUCAGCCUCUUUGGCCUGAGAGGCAAGUCGGGCAGGACCUGCAGCCGGGGUGGGACGGAGGACGCUCUGGACGUGUGUGAGGCGCCGGCUAUGGCCGCUCUCUGUGGCUGCGAUGAGAAAAUACCAGAGCAAAGUGUUCUUCUUCUCCAUGCCUGUGCCCAUAAUCCCACAGGAGUGGACCCUCGUCCAGAGCAGUGGAAGGAAAUAGCAGCAGUCGUGAAGAAAAAGAAUCUCUUUGCAUUCUUUGAUAUGGCCUACCAAGGCUUUGCCAGCGGUGAUGGUGACAAGGAUGCCUGGGCUGUGCGCCACUUCAUUGAACAGGGCAUUAAUGUUUGUCUCUGCCAAUCAUAUGCCAAGAACAUGGGCUUAUAUGGUGAACGUGUGGGAGCCUUCACUAUGAUCUGCAAAGACGCGGAUGAAGCCAAAAGGGUGGAGUCACAGCUGAAGAUCUUGAUCCGUCCCAUGUAUUCCAACCCUCCUCUCAAUGGGGCCCGCAUUGCCUCUACCAUUCUAACCACCCCAGAUUUGCGAAAACAAUGGUUGCAAGAAGUGAAAGGCAUGGCUGACCGCAUCAUUGGCAUGCGAACUCAGCUGGUCUCUAACCUCAAGAAGGAAGGCUCCUCUCACAACUGGCAACACAUCAGUGACCAGAUUGGCAUGUUUUGUUUCACGGGGCUAAAGCCUGAACAGGUGGAGCGGCUGACCAAGGAGUUCUCCAUCUACAUGACAAAGGAUGGCCGCAUUUCUGUGGCAGGGGUUACCUCCAGCAAUGUGGGCUACCUUGCCCAUGCCAUUCACCAGGUCACCAAGUAAUUUCCCUGGUGCGAAGGAACAGAGACAACCUUUCUGUCUUCAGCUUCUGCUGUUGUGAGCUUCAUACGGAGCAUGAGGGAGGGUAGAUGGUGGUACGUGGAUUAUCUCUUUCAACCAGAGUGCAUAACACUCGGCGAUCGAAUGUGUUUGUUAGAAAAGAACAUGCAGUAACAUAGGGCAGAGGCAUCCAUGGCUGGUGUCUGGAACUUUGUGGCUCUAAACCAAACUCUCCCCCAUCCUUUUAACUCCAACUUUUCUAAAAGAGUUUACAUAUGCAAGAAAGUCAUAGCACCAAAAAACCUGUCAAUCAUGCCAUUGUAAUAUUUCAGAAGCUUUAAUUGAAGUAUCUUAUGAUGUCAGGGGUUCCUCGUGAGAAAUAGCACAUAUUAGCAGCUUUAAGAGAAGACCUAGUUCUGUCGUUAACCGUCAGCUUCAUGUUUGUCCUGUAAUGGAGCAACCUUAUCAAUAGACCAUAUUGCAGAAAUUGUGUUUUACCAAUGAGUCUGCUGCCACUGCAGCAAGGAAGAUAAAAGAUGCUGUUUCUUAUUUGAGAAAAAGAGAAGGUUCGUUCUUCUCCCUUAUCAUUGCUGUUCUUUUCCUUAGGCACCAAAAUUUUUAACUAGCCUAGAUUUUCAUCCCAUUCUACUGCUUGAUUGACUGACAACCCCAUCCUAUCAGAUUUAUUUAAGAAAGGAGAACAUAAUUUUUUGCUCAUACCAUAACCCUCACCUUUCUGGGCAAAGAAUAGUGGAGAGUAGGUAACUGCACUUUAUCUCGGCAUCCUCUUCAAUGAUUGUGUAAUUGUCUCCUAUCAGGGUGUUGCCUCUGCCCAGGUGGACCUUCUCCCUUGCUUGAGUGUGGUUGUGCAGUCACUCAUCUCACAUCAUAGUGCAGGGUAGUACCAAGAAAGAGGAUAUUCGGAGCUUUGUGUGCUACCAGCUGGGCUCAGGCUUUACCCUUUGGAAAGAUAACCACCAUCUGCUCUAAUCAUGUAGACUUACUGUAGCCUGGUUUCUCUGUUACAAUAAAAUUACUGUAGACCCAA